AUGUCAUCGCUUGCUGUUUCAGGAAUCGCUCCAUUUUUGGAUUUCGCCGGCCUAUUGAUGUUCGUUGAGAAAAUUUCCAUUUACUUGCUCAUUGGUGUCACAUUUUAUUUUUCACGUAUCAUCAAGCAAGACAUCGACGUCAAGCAUAAUUCUGACCCUUCUGCACGUGAUACCACAUUCAAUGAAAUUCUUGCCAAUCGUGAUGCCAGGUUCUUAACCGAGCUCACCGAUUACUGUGCCAAGUUUAACACUGAACUCACCUCACGCGACGAAAACUUUACAGCAGAGGUCCAAAGAAUCUUGACAAUGCUAAAUACUUCUACUGUGAGAUUUGAUGAGAUCGAACAAGUUCUUCAAAACUAUCAUAACAAUUUUGUUCUAAGAACUGAAGAGAUUGAAUUUGAUCAACAAAGCGUGAUGAGUCAAAUUCAAAUAAUUCC